AUGUCGGGCACUCGAGCGGCUGCGGCAGCAGCUGCAGCUUCCAACGAUCGCGCCCCUCGCCCUGCCGCCUGCGCUGCUGUCGGCGUUGGUUUGAAGAGGCUGCGAAGUGAGCCGGGCGGCAACCGUGUGACGGUAGUGCUCGGCGCUCAGUGGGGCGAUGAAGGGAAAGGCAAAGUGGUGGAUCUCCUGGCCACCGAGGCCGACAUCGUCUGUAGGUGCCAGGGUGGAAAUAAUGCAGGUCAUACCGUGGUUGUUGAUGGGAAGGAAUAUGAUUUUCACCUCUUUCCUAGUGGUAUAAUUAAUCCUAAGGCUGUUUCGUUUAUUGGUAACGGCGUGGUUAUACAUUUACCUGGCUUAUUUGAAGAGGCUGAAAAAAAUGAGAAAAAAGGAUUAAAAGAUUGGGAGAAAAGACUCAUCAUAUCAGACAGAGCACAUAUCGUGUUUGAUUUUCACCAGGCAGUUGAUGGACUUCAAGAAGUGCAACGUCAAGCACAAGAGGGGAAAAACAUUGGCACAACAAAAAAGGGAAUUGGACCAACUUAUUCUUCCAAGGCUGCACGGACAGGACUUCGGAUUUGUGAUCUUCUUUCAGACUUCAAUGAAUUUUCAUCAAGAUUUAAAAAUCUGGCUCACCAGUACAAGUCAAUGUUUCCUUCUUUAGAAGUUGACAUAGAAGGGCAACUAAAAAAACUAAAGGGAUAUGCUGAAACAAUAAGACCAAUGGUCCAAGAUGGAGUUUAUUUUAUGUACGAAGCACUACAUGGCUCUCCAAAGAAAAUUCUUGUGGAGGGUGCCAAUGCAGCACUGCUUGACAUUGACUUUGGCACAUAUCCUUUUGUGACAUCAUCAAACUGCACCGUGGGUGGUGUAUGCACUGGGCUGGGUAUUCCUCCUCAGUAUAUUGGAGAGGUGUAUGGGGUAGUAAAAGCCUACACAACAAGAGUGGGAAUUGGAGCCUUUCCAACUGAACAAAUAAAUGAAAUUGGAGACCUUUUACAGUCACGAGGUCAUGAAUGGGGUGUGACCACAGGCAGGAAAAGACGUUGUGGCUGGCUAGACCUUGUCAUUUUGAGAUACGCUCAUAUGAUCAACGGAUUUACUGCUCUGGCAUUGACAAAACUGGAUAUUCUGGAUGUCCUUGAUGAAAUCAGAAUUGGUGUGGCUUAUAGGUUAGAUGGAAAAAGAAUUCCAUAUUUUCCAGCUAAUCAGGAAAUAUUGCAGAAAGUAGAAGUGGAAUAUGAAACAAUGCCAGGAUGGAAGACAGACACAACUAGUGCCAGAAAAUGGGAGGACCUUCCAUCUAAAGCACAAAAUUACAUUAGAUUUGUGGAAAACCAUGUUGGUGUGUCAGUUAAAUGGGUUGGAGUUGGAAAAUCAAGAGAAUCAAUGAUCCAGCUCUUUUAAAGGCUCUUUUAAAGAAGGGCUGCACUGAGCAAGGGUUCACCUGAUCUUUUCUGCUCCCAAACUAAGACGAAGAUGCUUUUGAAAUCAAAACUGUCCUAGACUAUGAUUAAGAAACAAAUAUUUUCUCUUAUUUUCAAAUAUUACAAUGACUUGGGAACUACAUAAUAAUAACUGGAGUGAAUUGGUAGAGGAGAACCUUAAAUAAUGUUUUAAAAGUGUCAAACCCAUAUGGAAUUAUUUUUCCAAACUGCUAUCAAUAACAAACUUUCUACCACAAGGCUGUAAGCAAGAUGUCCUGUCCCUGUGUCAGGAAUCAGUGAAACGUAUGUAUCAUUUAAAACAAGGCUGCCUAAUGGUGCAUUGAAUGUCCUUAAAAGAUAGUAGAACUAAGCAACCCCUUUCAAGUCUGGGACUCAAAGCAGAAUUAUCUUGCAGUCUGUAUUUGCUUAUCAGUAAACAAAACAGAUACCAAAAGAGAAAGGGAAGCAAAAGAGGUUAUGUCAUAGAAGAAGGAACAAGCCAAUACCUGAAGUCAUUUGUUGGCAGUGGAUCAGACGGGAUACAGCUGUCAGAACUUAGGACAAAGAGCUUCCCUUCAUUCAUAUAUUUUCCAGUAGGUGCUUCACAUGAAGCCCUCAGAAGUUCUGUUCUUUCAGCCCAUUGUAUGUUAGGCAAGAAAACAAAGAAAAGGCAAGUAAACAAACCUGAAGCAGAUUUUGAAAACGCAUUUUAACAGAUCAUACCAACAUAAUAUCUUGCAGUACAUCGCUGUGAAGGUACCAUCUGUAACUUCACUUUUUUACUAUGCUCUCAGGCCAUCUUCUUCCCUCACUGUUGCUUACCUCUGCUCACUUGAGCUUCAGCAAAAUAUAAGA